GUCAAACCAUAGUCCACGCCCUUUUCAGUGGGGUAGGGUGAGCGUAGAGCUAGCCCAUCCUGGACAGCUCCAGCUGCCCAAACAGUAGACAUAGGAGGAGGAGAGGGCUCGGACAUGGGGAGAAUCAGCACUGGCCCGUCUGAUAGAGAUCGGUAAUUUUUUAAAUAAAAACCCGAGAGGCCUUAGAAAACAAACAAACGGAAAACCCAUCCCUGGUACAUAACAUGAAAUAGAUCAAUGGACUGAAUGAAGACUGCCUACAACGCCUAUCGAUGCCUGGCCAAGGAUCUGGAUGCUUACGCCAUGAACCCAGAGAUGACAAUGGACAGCAUUGGCAAUCUGCAUGGUGGAAUAAGCCAUGAGCAGGAUUUGAUGAACAGUCAUAGCCCCCACCACCAUCACAAUCGGAACACGGGGGCUUCCUUGCGGAUACAUCAGGAUCUGGCUGCGGCAUCGUCGCGGACCGCGAUGGUGUCCAGCAUGGCAACGAUUCUGGACGGAGCCGGAGAGUACCGACCAGAAUUGUCUCUCCCGCUCCAUCACGCCAUGAGUAUGCCGUGCGACACAUCCCCUCCCGGGAUGGGGAUGAGCGGCACCUACACCACGUUAACUCCACUGCAACCCUUACCGCCCAUUUCUACAGUUUCGGACAAAUUCCACCAUCCGCACCACCACCAUCAUCAUCACCACCAGCGGAGCGUAAGUGGGAGUUUUACGCUGAUGCGGGACGAUCGGGGUUUACCAGCAAUGAACAACCUCUAUAGCCCCUAUCAUAAGGACAUGACCGGGAUGGGUCAGAGUUUAUCCCCCCUGGCCAGCAGUCCCCUCGGUAACGGUUUGGGCUCCAUACACAACACCCAACAAAGCCUCCAUAACUAUGGCACACAUGGGCAUGACAAGAUGCUUAGCUCCAACUUUGAUGCCCACACUGCCAUGCUGGCCAGAGGGGAUCAACAUCUCUCUCGAGGCCUCGGUGGCCCAACGGCAGGUAUGAUGCCACAUUUGAACGGGAUGCACCACACAGGGCAUCCAGGCCACCCUCAAUCCCACGGGCCUGUGUUGGCUUCUAACCGAGACAGACCGCCCUCCUCCUCUGGAACACAAGGUAGCAACUCGGGGCAGCUGGAAGAAAUAAACACCAAAGAAGUUGCACAAAGGAUCACAGCCGAACUGAAGCGAUACAGCAUCCCGCAGGCAAUCUUCGCGCAGAGGGUGCUGUGUCGCUCGCAGGGCACUCUUUCCGACCUCUUAAGAAACCCCAAACCUUGGAGUAAACUUAAAUCGGGAAGGGAAACCUUUCGGAGAAUGUGGAAAUGGCUGCAGGAACCCGAGUUUCAGAGGAUGUCGGCCCUACGGCUUGCAGGUUGUCUUGUGAAUCCUCCCAACCCCCCAGCAUGCAAAAGAAAAGAGCAAGAGCCAAGCAAGGACAGGAGCAAUACACCAAAGAAAUCCCGCCUGGUUUUUACUGACCUCCAGCGCCGCACACUGCUGGCCAUCUUCAAGGAGAACAAGCGUCCCUCCAAGGAGAUGCAGCUGACCAUCUCCCAGCAGCUGGGGCUGGAGCUCAGCACCGUCAGCAACUUCUUCAUGAAUGCCCGGAGGCGCAGCCUGGACAAAUGGAUGGACGAGGGGAGUCCAGGCGGCAACUCCUCAGCCUCCAGCACUUGUACCAAAGCGUGAU